GCUGAUUACAAAUCAAUGUGUUGAUGAAACUUUUUAACUCCAGAAUACAGAACCAAGAAAAAAGAAGCAACUUCUUUUUAUGCAUUAUCUUACCAUAUCAUGGUUUAAUGAAUCUGACAUUGGUUACCCAAAUGCAUGGAAUUCACCUCUAUAUUAAAAAACUAAAACGAUUAUUAAAAAAAAUAAAAUAAAAAAAAUGAAUGGUCCAUUUAUGGAAUGGAUGAGAAACAAGUGACCAAUAUGUCGUUGUGAAGUUUAAAUUAAUGGUCAAAGCUUUAAACGUAUAAGGUGGAACUAUUACCGCCAAUUUCUCUCUUCUAUGGUCAAUAUGUCAAAGCUUCCUUGCAUUAUGCUUCAUCGUCCUGUUUCUUUCCGGUGCUACUACUCAAAUUUCAUUAACCAAAAAAAUAAAAAAUAAAAAUAAAAAACUAUUUUUUCUUUUUCUUUCUUUCUCUCUCUAUCUCAUGCUGCAUGCAUGGAAACAAGGAGGGUCGGGGAACAUAGACAGGAUUCGGAGAAACUUGGUGGCAAUGGGCCGACAUUUGUGGUGGAUGAGAACUCCUACAUUUGCCAUAGAUUUGGUCAGGUCAACUCCGGCGGACUAUGGUAUGGAGACAACCCUCUCGACUUCUCUCUUCCAUUGUUCUUGUUGCAGCUUUCCCUCAUUUUCGUUUUCUCACGCUCCAUCGCCUUGCUCCUCAAGCCUUUUGGCCAACCUUCCAUUGUCCCAAAGAUUCUUGGUGGUAUUGUUUUAGGUCCUUCGGUUCUUGGGCGGGACUCAACAUUUGCAUCCAAAGUUUUCCCACCAAAAGGGAGAACUUUCCUUGAGACCUUAUCGGUUUUCGGUUUCAUGCUCUGUAUCUUUCUGAUUGGGGUGAAGAUGGACCCCAACAUUAUUCUCAAAUCAGGAAAGAAACCAGUGGCUAUAGGAAGCUUAGCCGUGCUCCUUCCUUAUGCAAUGUCCGGAUUACUUGCGAUUGUCCUCAAGAGUUGUCUUUCACUGGAUCCUGAUCUUUCCAGUGUUCUUCAAUAUGUGGUUACAAUACAGUCCAUGACAGCUUUCCCCAAUGUUGCUUGUUUUCUGGACGAGCUCAGCAUCCUUAAUUCGGAAAUUGGACGAAUAGCAUCUUCUUCUUCGGUUGUAUCCGAUGCCUGCCAUUUUUGCAUUGUCACUAUCAAGUAUUUUACAUAUUUAGCAACAGAAAGGUCUGUAAGGUCGUCAGUUGGAUCUUUCUUCUCCCUUUGUUUCCUUUUUGCAUUCAUUUUCUUUGGAGUCCGUCCAGCAGCAAUGUGGGCAGUUAGACAAACACCUGAAGGUCAACCUGUGAAAGAGAUAUAUAUUUUUGCUAUAAUAAUAGUGGUACUGGUAUGUGGGUUUGUUGGUGAAGUUAUUGGUCUAAAUGCUUUUGCUGCAUCUUUCCUAUUGGGAUUGGUCAUUCCAGAUGGCCAUCCUCUAGGAGCUGCUCUGGUUGAGAGACUUGAUUGCUUCGUUUCUGUAUUGCUCAUGCCUAUCUUUUUCACCAUGUGUGGAUUAAGGAUGGAUGUUUUUGCCAUACAGCACUUAAAAACUGUGGCUAUUAUUGAGUUGAUUGUUUUUGUUGCUAUUUUUUGGAAGAUUAUAGGAACAAUUGUGCCACCCCUCGUCUGUAGAAUGCCGGUACGAGAUGCUUUUUCUCUUGGUCUUAUCAUGAACACCAAAGGGAUUGUUGAACUUUCCAUGUUGUUUUUCUGGAAGUCGAAAAAUAGGAUGAACGAAGAAUGCUUCAGCAUUUUGAUCAUAACUGUGGUGUUUGUGAUGGUAAUUCUUGCUCCUCUUGUUAGAGUCCUGUAUGAUCCUUCAAAGCGGUUCCUUGCUUACAAAAGGAGGACUAUUAUGCACCAUGCCAAGAAUGAAGAACUGAGAAUACUCGUUUGCAUUCACAGACAGGACAAUGUCCCACCGAGUUUGGACCUCCUUGCAGCCACAAAUCCCACCGAGAUGAGCCCUAUUAAUUUGGUUGUUCUUCACCUUGUUAAGCUUGUGGGACGCUCGUCUUCCUUACUUGUUCCCUACGUUCCGCGCGAAAAGUCUUCACAAUAUCCAACUCAAUCUGAAAGGAUAUUCAAUGCAUUCAGAAAACUUGAACAGAAUUACAGUGGCCAAGUAAUAGUACAUUGCUUUAAAGGCAUUUCCCCUUACCCGACAAUGCACAACGAUGUAUGUUCCUUGGCUCUUGAAAAGAGAUCAACCUUAAUUAUAAUUCCUUUUAUCAAGCGAUUUACAACUGCAGGAAAAGUAGAAUCAUGUUAUGCUUUUAGGCACCUUAACGAGAAUGUUCUUGAUAAGGCUCCUUGCUCUGUUGGUGUUCUUGUCGACCAAGGGAAUCCGAGGACAUUUCUAACAAGUCAUAAACAAUCAUCGCUUUAUCGUGUGGUUGUGCUAUUCCUUGGGGGAGCAGACGAUCGAGAAGCAGCAGCAUAUGCUGGACGAAUGUCGGGACAUCCUAAAGUUCAUAUCACUCUGAUUGUUUUCUCUUCUUCAACACAGAUUGUGGAAGGUACAGAAAGAAGCAAAGCACUUGAUACUGAAACCUUGACUAAAUUUAGGCUAAAUGCCUUCCGCAAUGAGCGAGUUUGUUGUAAAGAACAAACAGUAAGCGAUGCAAAUGGCUUGCUUUCGGUGCUUAAAACAUUGGAUAGCGGUUAUGAACUUGUUAUGGUGGGGAGAAAUCAUGGGAGUUCAAGGUUAAUGUUUGAACUUAGGAAAGGGAGGUUGGAAGGAGAACUUGGUACAAUAGGAGAGAUACUCGUCACCACCGAAAUUAGAGGUGGUGCCUCAGUUUUGGUAGUGCAACAACAGACAAGGUUUUGGGGGUUGCGUGACCCGGAAGAAUCAACACAUUUGAGAAAAGUAGAUAUAGGCUUUUAGUAUUUUUUUUAUUUUUUUUUUCCCCUUCUCUGUCAGUGCCAUAAUUGUAAUGUGUACAGAGUUAGUGUAUCAUCAAACUUACAACAACUACAAUUCCAAAUUUGGUUUAUACAAUUCUCUUUAGGUUUUUGCUUUUUGUGGUUUAAUUGUAUUCAACAAUACAACUAAUUAGACAGGCAAUUUUAAUAUGUGAAUCUUUUUC